GCUUUUAGCGUCCAUGGAGGCGCCCAACAGGAUGUUCAAUUGCAAGAAGAGCAGCAUGUGGACCCUGGUUCUUCAGCUGGCUUCCGUGGGCAUGUACGUGCAGGUCCUCACAUCUUGCAAAAUAUACGGCCCUGUUGCUGCUUGUCAUGGACAGAAUUACCAGUGGGUUCCCACUCUUCCUCCAACAAUCACCUCCCUCUACUUGGAGAGGAACCAUAUCAGUGAGAUCAACAGCACAUCAUUCAAAAAUCUGGAGCAGCUUCUGGAAAUAGAUCUCACUCAGCAAUCCGUGCCGCUCAUCAUUCGGAACAACGCUUUUCUCAGGCAGACUAAGUUGGUUCGCUUGGUUCUGGGUAGCAAUCUUGACCUUCAGCUGGAGCUAAGAGCAUUUGCAGGGCUGGUCAAUUUAAAACAUCUCUUCAUCGACCACUGCCGCUUGACAGACACCAUAAUGUCUCACAGUUAUUUCGAACCACUCUUGUCCUUAGAAUUGCUUAAUCUUUUUGGAAACAAUAUACGAAGGCUCGAACCUGGAUUUUUCUUUUUCAAACUGAUAAAGCUGACACAGGUGAACCUGAUGUUGAACAACAUUGAACGACUAUGCGAAGAGGAUCUUAUCGGUUUCAGGGGGAAGUACUUCACACAUUUCAACUUAGACUCUAAUGACUUGUACAAAAUGGGCAACGUCCAUUUUGAUUGGGAAAAAUGCGGAAACCCUUUUCGAGGAAUGGCCUUCAAUGUCCUCGACUUAUCCACCAGCGGGUUCAAUGUGAACACAACUGAACUGUUCUUCAAAGCGAUACAAGGGACUCCCAUUGUACACCUCAUAUUCUCCGGACACUUAGGGAAAGGUUUCUCACAUGACAACCUACCAGAUCCGGACAGGCACACAUUUGAAGGUCUGGCAAAGAGUAACUUGAACAUUUUCGAUUUGUCGAACAAUCGAAUAUUUGCCUUACAGCAGGCUGUUUUUAGUCCUCUAACCAAUGCAAUAAUUAUUGACGUUUCGAAAAACAAAAUCAAUCAAAUUAACAACAACGCCUUCAGUGGUCUGCAGGGAAAUGUAAGAAUGGUAAACUUGUCAUUCAACAUUCUCGGAGAAGUGUAUUCUCACACAUUUCGCAAUCUGGCAGAACUUCGGGUUUUGGAUUUGUCUUUUAAUAACAUCGGUGUACUGGGUGAUUACGUUUUUGAAGGGCUUCCUAAAUUACGAGCGUUAUAUCUGACAGGGAACUCCCUGCGGAACUUGGGUUUUCCCGCGGCAUUACCAAACUUGGAAUUUCUCCUUCUGGGUGAUAAUCGGUUGGUAGAUGUUUACAAUAUAGAUAAACUCGGUAUCAACUCUACCCACGUGGAUCUGACAAACAAUAGAUUAACAAACCUGGAGGAAGUUUAUCGCAUUUUAACCGCUUUCAAGAAUCUUCAGAAUUUCUUCUUUGGUGGUAAUUUUAUCAAGUGGUGUAUUCUUGGUCAAAAUAUAUCAGUGCCUCUUAAUCAUAGCCUACAAGUUCUGGAUCUUCAUGAUAGUUCCUUGCAGUUGGUUUGGGCUCAGGGGACAUGCCUUGAUGUAUUUAAUCAUCUGAACAAUCUGGUCGGUCUAAAUUUAAGCUUCAACUCUCUCACGAGUCUCCCACAAGGGAUUUUCAACGGUCUCAGCUCCAUCAUAGAGAUUGACCUCUCAUCCAAUGCUUUGACUUAUCUUGAACCCGAUGUUUUUCCCAACAGCCUUAAAAGACUUGACAUUUCCAGUAACUUCCUGGCCUACCCAGAUCCCAGAAACUUUGAGUCCCUUCUCUUUCUCAAUCUGAUGGAAAAUCGUUUUUACUGUGACUGUAAUCUUGAGGGUUUCUUGAAGUGGAUGGAUGUGACAAAUGUAACCUUCUUGAGCCCGGUCGAGGAGUACCGAUGCGAAUUUCCGGCUGUUCACUACGAUCUUCCAUUGCUGAACUAUUCCCGGAUUGUCGAGCCAUGUGAGGUAGAUGAUGAGUUGGCGGUCCAAGAGCUAAAGUUUGCGCUGUUCAUCGCCUCUGCCCUCCUUGUCCUCAUUGUCAUACAGUGCGGAAUUGCCUACGCCCGUCUCCGUGGGCGCGUCUACAUCUUCUACAAAAAAAUUGUUGGUAGGGUUCUUGAAGGUCCCAAAGCGCCGCCUCCUUUGGAGGACGUGCAGUACGAUGCCUACCUCUGCUUCAGCAACAUUGACUACAGGUGGGUGGAGGCGGCUUUACUCAAGAAGUUGGACAACAAGUUUUCAGAAGAGAACAUCCUGCGCUGUUGUUUUGAGGCCAGAGACUUCCUGCCUGGUGAGGACUACCUCUCCAACAUCAGAGAUGCCAUCUGGAGCAGUCGGAAGACUGUGUGCGUUGUCUCCAAGGAGUUCCUUAAAGAUGGCUGGUGCUUGGAGGCAUUCACUUUGGCUCAGGGCCGAAUGCUGAACGAGCUCAAAAAUGUUCUGAUCAUGCUGGUGGUUGGGAAGGUGCCCCACUACCAAUUGAUGAAGUACAACGCAGUCAGAGCGUUCGUCCAGAGGAAAGAAUACCUGAUCUGGCCAGAGGACCCUCAGGACCUGGAGUGGUUUUACGAGCGCCUUGUUUCGCAAAUCCUCAAAGAUACUGCAGUGAAGAAGAUGGCCGAUGUUCAGCCCGAGAAUGGCAUUCAACUUGAGAACAUUGACGCACACUAGUGAACUCUGAAACCAGGAAAAAGGAAAAGUCCUCCACAAAGACGGCGGUGAGAUUACAGAAAUUCUGUAAAAGAUUAUAGAAGUCAAUGAUUCGUAGACUUCAUAGAGUGUAAUCUGAGCUGGUUUUCUUCUUCCGUGAACCACAUUGGAUGUCAGUAAGCUUCGGUCUUUAUUGAAUUGUAUAUUGACUAUACCAGUUGACUCUGGGCGAGAGGCGGGGUACACACUGAACUGAUCGCCAUUCAAUCGCAGUCCAUAUAUAAACAAACAACCAUUCAUUCACAUUCAUUUUGAUAACAGGCCAUUGUUGAGAUUGGGUUAGAUCUCAACAAAAUUAAAUUUAGUUCUCCUUGCUUAUGGAUUACUUGGGUGUAGCUUUCAUGAUCAUGAGCAAACUGUGUCUAGAAAAAGUUAAUGAAAAUACACAACGUUAGGAAUCACAUUAUUUGCACAGUCAUCGGGACUCUGAAUGGAAAGGUGGACCAAUAAACAUACUUUCACUUCCUCCUAUGGAGGUAAAUCUAUAAAAAAGAAGUGUGUGGUGAAAGGGACCCAAACGGACAGUAUAAAAAAUAUAUGUAGAAAAU